AUGCGUUGGUCGACUAUCACAUCUGGGUUGCUCUCAAUUGCGGCAGUAGCAGGAGCGCGGGACUUUCAACAUGUUGGCAGACAAGCCCCUCGCACAGCUCCGGCUGGCGACAAUUUCAUGUCACACUAUCUCGCGACCCGGCAGACAACCGAGCCAAAGUUCUUGAAUGAUAACACGACGAGUUUCGCAGUCAACGGCACUGGAAUUCCAGACGUCGACUUCGACGUUGGAGAAUCCUAUGCCGGCCUUCUCUCGAUCACUGAUGAUCUGUCAGCAGCUGAAAAGCUGUACUUUUGGUUCUUCCCAUCAACAAACAAAGCCGCCGACAAAGAGAUCUUACUUUGGCUCAACGGAGGGCCUGGUUGCUCGUCGCUAGAGGGCCUCAUCCAAGAGAACGGUCCCUUUCUGUGGCAGUAUGGCACAUACAAGCCGGUCCCCAAUCCAUGGAGCUGGCAUCGACUGACAAACAUUGUCUACAUUGAGCAGCCAGUUGGCACUGGUUUCUCGCAGGGCAACGUCACGGCAACAAGCGAGGAGGACGUCGCUGAGCAGUUCAUGGGCUUCUGGAAGAACUUCAUUGAGCUAUUCUCGAUGCAAGGAUACAAGGUCUACAUCGCCGGCGAAUCUUAUGCAGGCAGAUACUGCCCGUACAUUGGUUCUGCCAUGCUGGACGCCAACGACACUACCUAUUACGACGUGUCGGGCCUCAUGAUCUAUGACCCGACACUCAUGGAUGAUAUCGUGCAGACCAGUCACACUGUCGUUCCUUUUGUCGACUAUCAUACCAACUUGAUGCCGUUCAACAACUCAUACAACGACUACCUUCAUGAGCAGCACGAGUCUUGCGGUUUCGCAAACUUCUCGGCUACUUAUCUGCAAUACCCGCCCCCUGGCCCCCAGCCAAGCACAGACGGACUUUCAGAUGAGUGUGCGAAUCUCUGGGGUUCUGUAUACACCGAAAUGUUCUCAAUUAAUCCUUGUUUUGAUGUGUACCAAGUCGCCACGACCUGCCCUUUGCUAUGGGACGUACUUGGCUUUCCCGGGUCUCUCUUUUAUAUCCCAGAGGGCUCGUUGGUCUAUUUCAAUCGCACCGACGUUCAGAAAGCCAUCAACGCACCCCUUGGUGCAUGGGACGAGUGCGCAUCUGGAGAUGUGUUUGUGGAUGGCGACAGCUCUGUGCCAUCUGGUUACGCAGCUCUGCCCAACGUCAUCGACAAGACGCAGAACGUCAUCAUCGGCCACGGUAUCCUUGAUAUGAUCUUGCUCGCCAACGGCACGCUUCUAUCCAUCCAGAACAUGACGUUCGGUGGUAAGCUCGGCUUCGAGAACGCGCCUACCGAGCCGUUCUACGUGCCGUACCAUGCCCUGAGCACCGCCGACACCAUCGGAUCUGAGGAAGACCAAACGGCCCUGGCGACUUUGGCUGCUGCCGGUGUCCUGGGCAAGGCGCAUACGGAACGUGGUUUGACGUACGUAUCUAUCGACAUCUCGGGUCACAUGGUGCCCCAAUACGCACCCAGCGCCGCUUACCGGCAACUGGAGUUCCUGCUCGGACGUGUCAGCAGUCUCAGCGACACCACACCCUUCGAGACGGACGCCGAUGCGCCGCAGUCUGCGGGCCCCCUGGGCAACGGUACGGGCCCGUCGACGGUCUAUGACAUCACGGAAACAAGCGAUGCGUCCUCUGCAUCGAACUCUACUGUCGCAACCCCAUCCGGCGCUGGGGCUGCGGAAGCUAGCCUUUUGAACAUCGCCAUGACAUUCAUUGCCAUUGGGUCGAUCUUCUUGUUCUAA